AGUACGGAGGCAUGAUGCCGCGCUUUGGAGUUACAUGUUAUUAUGUUACUACUGUUCUUAUUUUCGGAGUCUUUGACAAAGCUCUAACAGCAGUGAUACAAACACAGCAGACUGUGCUGGCAGGAAUGAGAGAAGAUGCUGAAGUCAGCUGUCAGCUCUUGGAGCCUAAAGACGUCCUUCAGGUCACAUGGCAGAAAAGCUCAAAUAAUGUAGAGACAAAUGUUGCCACCUACAGCGAGCGCUUUGGUCAGAGAGUGAAUGACGGCUUUACAGAUAAAGUUGAGUUUAAACAUACUGGACUACAGAACUGCUCCAUAGUCAUCAAGAAUUUGACAGAGGAGGAUGAAGGCUGCUAUCGCUGUCUGUUUAUCACUUAUCCUGAAGGAGCCUUUAAAGGUAUAACCUGCCUCCAACUCUAUGAGCUGCAUGAACCUGUUGUUGACGUCAGAGAGUCAAACUCUACUGAAGAGUGGGUUGUUUCCUGUUCAGCCACUGGUCGACCUGCUCCCACUGUAACACUCAGUGUCUCACAACAAGACCUCAGCUUCUCACAGUACAACACUGUCAGUGUGUCCAACACCAACGCUACAUUCACUGUCACCACUACAGCUGUGCUCUCAGGUUCACGUAACAACAGCACACAGGUGGGAUGUGCAGCACGAGUGCUCUCUGCUCCUCACAGAGAGGUGAUGGUGAUGAUUCCUGAUGAUGAUGGUGAUGAUGAUGAUGAGCUAGAUGAGAAAUCAGGAUCUAAUCCCAGGAAUUUAGGAAUCAGGAUUUCAGUGACUUUAUCCUCUGUGGUGUUGGUGCUCGGUGUUGCUGUUCUCAUCUUUGUCCGGCUUAGAAAGAAAUCUCAGAACAGUCUGCCACACAUGGCGAUUCAGUCGAAUGAAACACCUGUAACUGCAAUCAGAGACACUGAGGAGACUGAUACACAAGAGUACAGGGAAGUCAGACAAGAGACUCCUGAGCGAACUCAAGAAAAUCAUAACCAAGUGUUGCCAUCAGCACCAGCAAGAAGACUCAUUUUUGAUGAAAACUGAAACAAAGAUUUCAAUGACAGAAAGUAUCCCACAAGAUGGUGUAUAAGAAUUUCUUUUAAUUAUGUAUUAUUCACAUUAAUUUAUUGUAUACUGCCUUAGUGCCACUGGACUUUAGCAUGUCUCACACUCAUGCUGUUAGACAGAUGGUUGGGGUCUGGUAAGGAAGUUGGGGGGAAGCAGACCACUCCACAGGAAGUCUUUUGUUGUUUUAGUUUGAAAAUGCAUCAUUUUCAAUCGGUUUUGGCCUCCCGUCCACACUGACUCUCAAUUUUGACAGCCCUGAAAAGGAUUAAUAUCAGUUUGUACAUGCUCCAGAUAGCUUUUCUUCAAAUUCUUUAAUUCUCACUCACUUUUGCACAU